GGUAUUUGUUGCAUAUUUUUGGCCAACACUGCACAUAAUAUGAAAUAUGAAUACACUCAUAUGGUUUUGGUCAGUUCCCAAAACAGAAGAGAAGAGAAAGGAAAUGAAAGGAACAUGAUUCAACAUUGCUUGGACUAUUUUGAGCUUGUUUGCAGAAACUGAGCUAAUGGCUAAUGGGGGCAUUCUGUCAACCAAAUGGCAGAUGCAAAAUGUCGUAGGGUAGGCGUAACAGAGUUCUACCUUGCAUACUUGCAUAGAGAUCACCGGGAAUCGAGACAUGGUUUUUCAAGUGCAGAGAUCUGUGAAAAAGAAUCAGCUGAUGCCACCAGGAUAGGCUGCCGGACCAGACUUGGCAUGCGGGCACCGCUACUGUCCUUUGGCAUAUUUGGAAGGCGCGGAACGAUGGCGUCUUCAACUCCGUCAGGAGCCAGCCCAAGGAUAUUAUUCGUCGCUGCUGUGAAGAGCUCGCUGUGCGGUGUCGGCGGUUCUCCUCUCAAGACCGUGCCGGCAUUGAUGAUCUCUGAGCGGAGGACAUUCAGUGUUCCAUUGACUGCUGGGCCAGGUAACUAAGCCUGAAAGACAGAGAUAAAUAUGCGAAAUAAAAUUUGGCGAAAUAAACAUUACUUGUAUGGAAGGUAAAUGUCAAUGUGUGCCCUAUCUCCAGCAAGGUUGCAGAGGAGGUCCUUGCAGAACAUUUAGUCUUGAAAUGUUAAUAUUGUUCUCGCUGGGAAAUGGUGUUGUCAAAUGAAUAACCCCUGCACCUGA